AUGGCCACCCUCCGCCUCCUCGACGCGCACCUCGUCUUCUCCCUCCUCCACGCCAGAGAUGCCGAGCGCCUCUGCCGAGCUCCACCGAGCUUCGCCGCGAUCCUCCGCACUGCCCACUCCAUCAAGACGCAGCUCGAUGCCCUCGACGACUCCAACGCCGCGAACCACGCCCUCUCCCCGCGCUUCGCCGCAGGGACCUCCGUCGACCGCACCAGGGUUUCGGUCACCCACGGGAUCCGGGCGAAGCUUCACAACGCCAUCCUCUCCAACCACAAGGAGACCCUGAAGCAAAACUGCUACAACGCCACGGGCGAGCUCGCCUCCGACAAGGUGCUCGACGAAAUGCUCAAGUGGAGCGGCGACCCUAUGGAUCCGCCGUGGUCCUCGCCGGGCACAGCCGCGCCUUCUGCUCCGGCGUCGACCUCACCGCCGACGAGAAUGUCUUCAAGGGCGACGUUAAAGACCCCGCCGCCGACGCUGUCGCCGCCAUGGCUGCGUGCCGCAAGCCCAUCGCCGGCGCCGUCGCCGGAUUCGCCGUCACCGCCAGGUUCGAGAUCGCCCUCGCCUGCGACCUACUCGGCGGGCCGCGACGCCAAGUUCGUCAACACCUCCGCCGAGCUCCAUCGAGCUCCACUGAGCGCCGCCGCGUCUCCACCGAGCUCCGCUGAGCGCCCCUGCGUCUCCACCGAGCUCCGCUGA